AUGGUUGCCACAUGUGUCAACCACAGUGGUGGAGGCCUCGGGAAGCUGGACGCCAUACACACUGUCCUCAUCUGUGUGUCUGCUCUCACAGUGUUGGCGAUCAUUGUGUCUGGGAUUGUAUGGCUGAAAAAGUAUCGCUCUCUGGUCAGGACCAUACAGGAACUGCAACAGGGGCGUCCUUUUUUGAGGAUCUCCACUCCUGAAUCACCACUGACGCCUUCCAAACCCGACGACACUACAUCGGAGAUGUUGCCAUUGGAUGAUUCUUCAGAGCCUCCAUCAGAAAGGCAAAAAAACAAGCCAAGCUAUAGGUUGCCAUGGAAACCAGCCCAACAGAGUUCCCGAUUUACAAAGGCUGAUUUAAGCCUGCAGCAGCUUAUCAAGGCUGGCAAAGAAGGAGCGUUCUACAAAGCCAAGGUGACACAGGGCACCUGUAAAGGCUACUCAAUGAUCACCUGCAAAAUUGCAAAAGAAGGUGUCAGCGCGAAGCAGAUUGAGACAGAAGUGUCUGUCAUGAGGAAACUAGGCUAUCAUAAGAAUGUGAUUCAGCUUCUCGACUGGAACACUACAGAAGAGCCCUAUUUGUUGAUCAUGGAGUUUGUGAAUUACGGGACCCUGCGUGGUUUUCUACAGACACAACGAGAAACGUUGUCCUCAGAUCCUGAGCUUCAGAGCCUCUUCACCAUUGCAGCGUAUCACAUUGCUCUGGCCAUGGAACACCUGCGUUCUAAAAUGGUUGUGCACUGUGACCUUGCCUUACGGAAUAUAAUGGUAAGUCGUUUCCCAUGGGAAGUAAAAUUGGCUGAGUUUGGCCUGGCCAGGGACUUGACUCGCAUGAGGAGUCGACGUAGCAGCCGCAGAAAGCACAACAAGAAACGUGUGCCUUUACGCUGGUAUCCUCCAGAAUAUUUCAGAAACAACUACUACAGCUUCAAAGGAGAUGUAUGGGCAUUUGGUAUAGUACUAUGGGAAAUGGAGACCUUUGGUUCACUACCAUACCCUACCCUGGAGAGGUCGGAGGAGGUCGUCUAUCAUGUCUGUGCUGGACACAGGAACACAGGUCCAGAAGGCUGCCGACCUGAGUUAGUGCAAAUCAUGCAGGAUUGUUGGUUGGAACCUUACACAUCAAGACCUUCGUUUACAGAUAUCGUCAGAAUCUUGGAAAAUGUCAUGGAGACGGAUUCAGAUUACGUAGAUGUAGGUGAAAGCGUCAUAACAACGCGAGACGACUGUCUAUCCUGA